AUGCCAAAAGACAAACGAAAGCGCACCUCGGGUGCCCCCGAUGCCACGCCCUAUGCGAAACCCUCGUCCAAGGCCGCCGCCGCGCAUUCAAUAUUCAAAAUGGACAAAGACCUCGGCCAGCAUAUCCUCAAGAACCCUGGUGUCGCCAGCGCAAUUGUGCAGAAGGCACAUUUGAAACAGUCCGACCACGUCCUUGAAGUCGGUCCCGGAACCGGCAAUCUUACAGUCUUGAUAUUGAAGGCUGCCAAAUCAGUCACAGCCGUGGAGAUGGAUCCGCGUAUGGCCGCCGAGUUGACAAAACGAGUGCAAGGCACGCCCGAGGGCAAGAGACUCAAAGUGAUGCUCGGCGAUGUGAUAAAAACAGAAUUACCGCGCUUCGACGUGUGCAUCUCCAACACACCGUACCAGAUUUCCUCGCCCUUGGUCUUCAAGCUGCUUUCCCUGCCAAACCCGCCACGGAGCUGCAUACUCAUGUUUCAACGCGAAUUCGCCAUGCGCCUCUUCGCCAAACCCGGCGAGAAACUCUACAGCAGAUUGUCCGUAAAUGUGCAAAUGUGGGCCAAAGUCAGCCACAUCAUGAAAGUCGGGCGCAACAACUUCAACCCGCCGCCGCUAGUCGAGAGCAACGUCGUGCGCAUCGAGCCCAAGUUCCCACGGCCGCAGAUCGCGUACGAGGAGUGGGAUGGAUUGCUGCGCAUCGCAUUCGUGCGCAAGAACAGAACGCUUCGCGCAUCUUUUCUCGGCACCGCAGCCGUGCUCGAGCUGCUAGCGAGCAACUACCGCCUUUUCUGCGCUCAGAACAAUAUCGACGUCGACGACACACCGCUCGACCCUUCCGCCGUGGAAGCAGAAACCAUGGACGUCGACCAAGUCGAAGACGACGACGAGUUCAAGGGCUUCUCCGACCCAGACGACCCAGACGACGACCUCCCCGACUUCUUCAAGCAGCUACAAGCGUCCAAGAAAGUGAAUGGCGCGAACCGCAAGAAGAAGGGCAGGGUCAGCGAGUUGGUGCGUGAGAAGGUCAGGAAGGUCCUCGAGGAUGAUACGCAGCUUGCGGAUAAGCGGGCGCGUUUGUGUGACGAGGGCGACUUCUUGAAGCUGCUGUAUGCGUUUAAUCAAGAAGGCAUACACUUUAGCUAG